GUAUGGAGAGGGGAGGCUGGUAUGCAUGGGCAACUGCUGGUCUUCCAUAAACAACCGUGCUCAGAUUUGUACCUUGGAGAACUUUCUAAGGUGCAAUCCCAUGGUCAUUUGACCAAAGGGGGUCUUUACCCUUUUAUACACAGACAUACACACACACACACACACACACACACACACCACACACACACACAUGGUGGCUGUUGACUCAUUAAUUAUGAUUUGUCUCAGCACCACCAAUAGCAGAGUGCAUACACAUAGGCAGCAAUUUAGCUAAAAAGCAGCAACACACAAACUCAUAAUAUGAAGCUGAGUAUUUACUGUUUAAAAUUGCUAGAAGGUGGUUGGUAGUAAUCUUCAUGCUAUGUGACUAGAAACUACUGUUUUGUCCAACAACAGAUUUACAAAUUUUUUCACCCAGACAAUAUGAAAGGAAAAUGCUUGACUUUGCUGUGAAGACAGCUGGACAUUAAUAUUGUUACAUUUCAGGUACCUUAUAUGUAUUGAGCGAUGAUGGUCUUCGUUAUGUGAAGAGGCUGAUAAAAUUUAUUGAACACAAAGGUAUAACCAGCACAGGGAUCUACAGAAUAUGUGGUGUACAAUCGGAAAUCAGUGAAGCCAUGAAUAUAUUUUCACGUGAUGAUUGUGACAAAAUUCCUGAUGGUAUUACAGCAUACAGCGUUGCAGUAGCAUUGAAGACAUAUUUCAGGAAUCUAUCUGAACCACUUUUGACAACAGAAUUCUACUGGCCUUUGAUGAAUAUCUCAAAGCAAAAAAAUAAAGAGAGGCUAUAUUCAUGUAUAAGAACUAUACCACAAAUUAACAUUUGCUUCCUACUCAGUAUUCUAAAACACUUAUACAAUGUAUCAGAAUGUCCAGAAAACAUAAUGUCAUCAUAUUCUUUGGCUGUCUGCUGGUCACCAGUUCUUUUGUGGCAUGAUCAGACCAGUAUAGAUCAAGCUGUCUUGGUACCAUGGAUUAUACAGACUUUAAUUGAGAACUAUCAUAAUAUUUUGUGAAAGGUAGUGAACAAUUUCAAUGAACCACAAAAUACUCAAAUGAUUAUUCAACACCACUCAAUGAUUUUAUUGUUUUAUAUUUUGUUUUUGUUUUUUCAUAUUCUCUUUGGCUGAUCUCAUUCAGUUUUAGCUAUUGUUAUUUACAUUGUUUAAUUUAGGUCUUAAUUUAUGUAUACAUUAUAUAUACACGCACAUAUUUCAUCUUUUUUUUUUUAAGGAAAUUCAAUGAGGAAUUAAACUUUUAACUUGUUUUAAUUGUAAUAGCUUUUUUUUUUACCAUUGAUAGGCUAGAGAUGGUGAUGGUGGCGAUGUCUAUAGCCCCAGGUCAUCACAAAUCAUGCAGACCACUUAUGAUUGCAAACAUUCCAGCUGUUACCAUACCAUAAUUUUUUUAAUUGUUUUGUUUAUUCCACAGGCAAAGUAUAUCUAAAACCUUGCCAUUUACCUGGCAUCUUGUGAUAUAUACAAGAGAGGUGACUGCAUUUAUAUGUACAUAUUGUUAUUUGGUCACUGGUCAACCCUAACUGAACCUUUAAUCAAAAGCAUUCUAACCAUGCCUGUUCUAUCACUUUUAUGGGACCUAAUGGGUAUUAUCAUCAUCAUCAUCAUUUUAACAUCCAUUUUUCCAUGCAUCAGAUGAACUUUGUUGAGGCAGAUUUUCUAUGGCCAAAGAAUGCCCUUUCUGUCACCAACCUUUACCUGUUUACAAGUAAGGUAAUUCCUUUUGCCAAAUUCGAUGACUGGCAUCCGUGCUAGCAGGGCGCAAAGAUCCCCAUACGAGUGUGAUCGUUGACAGA